CGAUCGAGAGAUCAUUGAAUCGAAUUGAAUGGUAUAUUAGCGAUCUACGUUCAAAGUUGUAUAAAACGAACGUUUUUAUUUUUAUUUCAAUUUUAGUCAUUUCGUGUAAACGAUUUAAAACUAAUGUCUCAAAAAUGAACAGUCUCGCUUUGCUGAGUUUCAAACGUAGUCACGAAAUUAACAUAAUUUGGUAGUAAAAUGACGCGAGAAAAAGAACCUGGGAAAUAUAACGUGAACGGAACGUCUUUACUUCGACUAGCUCCACGUUAAAAUCAUUUCAUUUCAAUAAUUUAUCGUUUGUCACGACUUUAGACGAAUUUGCGCGUUUUGCAAACUCUUACACGUUUUGUAAAUUCUCUUCUGGCACGCGAGAUAAGGAGAAAGUCUUUCUAAAUAAAAAAAUAAAGAAGGACAUCGUUAGCAAACUCUCUAGAAUGGAAAUUCCUGUUCUAACGACGAAAAAGCGAAUCUCAAGUUCAAGGGUGAUUAGCGUAUCGAUUGAAACCCGAACGUGCUGAAAAUUAAUUUUUAGUUGCGUGAAAGUCUCUACCCGUGAAAGAGUCUGAAAAAGGAAACGUGCUUCCUCGCAAAUGAAACAAGAGAACGUUAUGAUCACGAGCUGCCUGUAACUGUAAUAAAUUACUAUGUAUUUAGUACAGCAACAUGGGUUGAUUUUCCUUCGCUUAUUUGUUUUCGCUUCGAGGUGAUUAAGCAGAAGGAAAAAAUUUAUUUACGAUAGUAGAUUUUAUGUAGAAAGUAAAAGCAAUGGAGAUUGAAACAGAACAGAAACCUUCGAUAUGCAAACGUCGACGAUACAAAAAUCACGAUCCAGAGGUAAAGAAACCAACGGACGAAAGAAAUCUCGACGCGCCAGCAGCGUCGAGGAAGAUAAACACGGGGAUGUAAAAGACGAGGUGUCAAAGGAAUCUUUAAAAAGUAAGAAAAAAUCGGAGGAUGGACGAAAGAUGUUCGUCUCCAGCCUGGAUCCUUACGAUGUGCCUUUGCAAUGGUGGGAAACAGAUCAUGUGAAAUAUGCAAUCACUUAUCCACCAGUGAAAUCGCGAUUAGAGAAAGUAAUGGGUACCCCGAUUGUGCGACUCACCGAUCGUAAGUACAUGGAACAACUGUCUUCCAACAUCAUCAAAGAUCACGAAGAGCAGCAGAAAAUUCGCAUCGAGGGGAGAAAGUUGUCGCCACCCUCGAUUAUAUCCGAAUUAAUGAAGAUUUCUUAUAAAGCGCUCUCUGAUAUGAUACGACAGAAGAAUUACACUAAACUGAAACUUUAUAUUUAAACAGAUGGUAUAAGUAU